UCUUCAUGCUGAUGGAAUAUAUUACCAAAGGAAUACUACAGUGUUUUGCUUCUACCUUUCCUUUAAACUAGAUGAAAAGAGACCAAAUGUAGGCAAGGUUAAUAGUUUUCUCCUUGCUUGUGGAUUGAAUACAUUCAAGUGGCUGGCUUCCCAGCCCCCCUGCAGGAGCAAAUACUAUUGGAGCACUGAAUUGGGACAUUGUAUGCUGAAGCCUGGCUUGAUCUCUAUACGAUUGUGUGUAUGUUGUUGUUGGAAUUGGCAGGCCAACAGGCCCGGAAACAAGCAGGUGCUAUCUAUAUGGAGAAAAGCGGCUGUAGUCCAUUCCCAAUAUGCUGGGCUAAAGAAUAUGAUAGAUACCUAGCAUCUAGCAAAACGAUGGCAGCAGCUUACCUUGAUCCAAACUUGAAUCAUACACCAAGUUCAAGUGCAAAGACACACCUCAGUACUGGCGUGGAGCGUUCCCCAGGGGCCAUGGAACGAGUCUUAAAGGUCUUCCAUUACUUUGAAAGUAGCAGUGAGCCAACAACGUGGGCCAGUAUUAUCCGGCACGGAGAUGCUACUGAUGUCCGGGGCAUAAUUCAGAAGAUAGUAGACAGUCACAAAGUAAAGAAUGUGGCCUGUUAUGGAUUACGGCUUAGUCACCUGCAAUCUGAGGAGGUCCACUGGCUACAUCUGGACAUGGGUGUAUCCAAUGUGAGGGAGAGGUUUGAAUUAGCCCACCCUCCAGAGGAAUGGAAAUAUGAAUUGCGAAUCCGAUAUUUACCAAAAGGAUUUCUGAAUCAGUUUACUGAGGACAAGCCAACACUAAAUUUUUUCUAUCAGCAGGUGAAAAAUGAUUAUAUGUUAGAAAUAGCAGAUCAAGUGGACCAGGAAAUUGCUUUGAAGCUAGGUUGCCUUGAAAUCCGGAGAUCCUACUGGGAGAUGAGGGGCAAUGCACUAGAAAAGAAGUCCAACUAUGAAGUUUUAGAGAAAGAUGUUGGCUUAAAGAGAUUUUUUCCGAAGAGUUUGCUGGAUUCUGUAAAGGCCAAAACACUAAGAAAACUGAUUCAACAAACGUUUCGACAGUUUGCCAUCCUCAACAGAGAAGAAAGUAUUCUGAAAUUCUUUGAGAUCCUGUCUCCAGUAUACAGAUUUGACAAAGAAUGCUUCAAAUGUGCUCUUGGUUCAAGCUGGAUUAUUUCAGUGGAGCUGGCAAUUGGCCCAGAAGAAGGAAUCAGUUACCUUACAGACAAGGGCUCUAAUCCUACCCACUUGGCAGAUUUCAAUCAGGUGCAGACUAUUCAGUAUUCAAACAGUGAAGACAAGGACAGAAAAGGGAUGUUACAGCUCAAAAUAGCAGGAGCACCUGAGCCUCUGACAGUGACAGCACCAUCCUUAACCAUUGCAGAGAAUAUGGCUGACCUGAUAGAUGGAUAUUGCAGACUGGUGAACGGAGCCACGCAGUCUUUUAUCAUCAGGCCUCAGAAAGAAGGUGAAAGAGCUUUACCAUCAAUACCAAAGCUGGCCAACAAUGAGAAGCAAGGAGUAAGGUCACAUACAGUCUCUGUAUCAGGAGUCAGUCACUGUCAGCAUAAAGUAAAGAAAGCUAGGCGCUUUCUCCCUUUCGUCUUCUGUUCCCAUGAGCCACCGCCUAAGGAUGAAAUUAGUGGGGACGAAACAGAUGACUAUGCAGAGAUUAUAGAUGAAGAAGAUACUUACACAAUGCCUUCAAAAAGCUAUGGAAUAGAUGAAGCCAGGGAUUAUGAGAUUCAGAGGGAGAGAAUUGAACUGGGACGCUGUAUCGGUGAAGGACAGUUUGGAGAUGUACAUCAAGGAGUUUACAUGAGUCCAGAAAAUCCAGCCAUGGCUGUUGCAAUCAAAACAUGUAAAAACUGCACUUCAGACAGUGUGAGAGAGAAAUUCUUACAAGAAGCCUUAACAAUGCGUCAGUUUGAUCACCCUCACAUUGUGAAGUUGAUUGGAGUUAUUACGGAAAACCCAGUCUGGAUAAUCAUGGAGCUCUGUACACUAGGGGAGCUGAGAUCAUUUUUGCAAGUAAGAAAAUACAGUUUGGAUCUGGCCUCUUUGAUACUCUAUGCUUACCAGCUUAGCACAGCACUUGCCUACUUAGAGAGCAAAAGAUUUGUACAUAGGGAUAUUGCUGCUAGAAAUGUGCUGGUAUCCUCCACUGAUUGCGUGAAAUUAGGUGACUUUGGUUUGUCCCGAUAUAUGGAAGACAGUACUUACUAUAAAGCUUCCAAAGGAAAAUUACCUAUCAAAUGGAUGGCUCCAGAGUCAAUCAACUUCCGACGUUUUACCUCAGCUAGUGAUGUGUGGAUGUUUGGUGUGUGUAUGUGGGAAAUUUUAAUGCAUGGAGUAAAGCCCUUCCAAGGAGUGAAGAACAAUGAUGUGAUUGGUCGAAUUGAGAAUGGUGAACGGUUACCAAUGCCUCCAAACUGCCCUCCUACUCUCUACAGCCUUAUGACCAAGUGCUGGGCAUAUGACCCCAGCAGACGACCCAGGUUUACUGAACUUAAAGCACAGCUCAGUACAAUACUGGAGGAAGAGAAGCUGCAGCAAGAAGAACGAAUGAGAAUGGAAUCAAGGCGGCAAGUCACAGUGUCCUGGGAUUCAGGAGGAUCAGAUGAAGCCCCUCCCAAGCCCAGCAGACCUGGUUAUCCCAGUCCAAGAUCCAGUGAAGGUUUUUAUCCUAGUCCACAGCAUAUGGUACCGCCCAAUCAUUACCAGGUCUCUGGCUAUCCUGGUUCUCAUGGGAUACCAGCCAUGGCAGGCAGCAUUUAUCCUGGCCAGGCAUCUCUUUUGGAUCAAGCAGAUUCCUGGAAUCAUCGGCCUCAGGAAAUAUCAAUGUGGCCCCCCACGAUGGAGGAUUCUGGCACUUUGGACAUGCGAGGAAUGGGACAGGUCCUACCAACACAUCUAAUGGAGGAGAGAUUGAUACGACAGCAACAAGAAAUGGAGGAAGAUCAGCGCUGGCUUGAAAAAGAGGAGAGAUUCCUGAAACCUGAUGUGCGGCUCUCCAGAGGCAGCAUAGACCGAGAGGACGGGAGCCUCCAGGGCCCGGCUGGUAACCAGCACAUAUAUCAGCCUGUGGGUAAACCAGAUCAUGCAGCUCCGCCAAAGAAACCACCUCGUCCUGGAGCCCCCAGCCAUUUGGGCAGCCUUGCCAGUCUCAACAGCCCUGUGGACAGCUACAAUGAAGGAGUGAAGCUUCAGCCACAGGAAAUCAGCCCUCCCCCCACUGCCAAUUUGGAUCGGUCCAAUGACAAGGUGUAUGAGAAUGUAACUGGACUGGUGAAAGCUGUAAUAGAAAUGUCCAGUAAAAUCCAGCCUGCCCCUCCAGAGGAGUAUGUGCCCAUGGUGAAGGAAGUUGGUUUGGCACUACGAACUUUACUGGCAACAGUAGAUGAGACCAUUCCAGUGCUCCCUGCAAGCACUCAUCGAGAGUAUCCACCCUCCUUCCCCUCUACUUCGGAUUGUUCUUGGAUUCACAAUAGAGAAGGAAAUGGAGAGGGAGUCAGUCUGUCCUGCCCUUUAUCUCCUCGGUUGGAGGCACGGAGAGAGCAGGGGCACAUGUACGGACUAACCCUGUUUUCAAGAAUUCGCCAACUCUGGGUGCAUGGACCACAUGCAUACCCACAGUGGAAUAGAGAUAGGGAUCACACAUCUUGAAGAACCUUCAGUUACUAGUACAAGUUAAGUACCUUUUUCUUUCAUUUACUGAGCAGUGUUAACUUUUGGGGGUUUCUUCCUCCUGCAGACAGGUAUCUUAAUCAUUAAAUUAUCCUGCCAGCCACUGGGAACUCUUGAAUUUCAUUAAUAGCACACAUCACACCCUGGCAUAUAAGGAGUUAGAGGGAAAAGUGUUGCAUUGGAUAUGUGGGAUUUAGGAUUCCAAUUCAGGGAUACCAUGUGGGAAUUAAUUCCUGGGUUCAAGUUUAAUCUCUCUCAAGAAAUUAUGAUUUGCAUACCAAACUCCUCAAACAAAUAUUUCAGUGUGGCUUGGUGCAGUAGGAAGCCUUUGCUCAGGAAAUAUCCAGAAGUUACCUAAUUCUAAAGGAGAAUUGACUGCGUUUACUUCACUGCUUAAAUUGAGUCCCUAGCGAGUCAGGGUUAAUUUUUUGCCCAAGUCGUGUCUGUGCCUGCAAAAUCUGAAUGAACAGGGGUCACUGAAAAUGCUAGAAUAUGACUGAGUGUGAGUUGUUCAGUGACUCUCCCCUUCCAAAUGGUUCCUUCACGUGCUGCAUGCUUUGUUAAAACAUCUGUAGCUUACGCCUUCAUAUUUAUUGUGUUUUAUUGUUGCUUAGAUGAUCAGUGUCAAAAUAAUUUAAAAAAAAAGGCCUGAGAGGGAUGAUUUAGGAACCUGGAAACAGAUUUAGGAAUCUGAUGUCUGCGACCAUAGGUGCUGGAACUAGGGGUGCUGCUGCAUCUCAUGGUUUGAAGCAGUAAUAGCAACCCAAAUACGUGGUUUCCACCUUCAGCACCCCCACUCUAAAAAUUGUUCCAGCACCACUGUCUAGGACAGAGGUUCAAAUCCAGCCCUGGUGAGUAGUGUCCUAUAGUCAUGAACACUAGCUGACUGGUCAGUGGCCUGGAACAGUGAUUUCUUGGUCUCCAUCUAGUUUGCAGUGAACCAAACCCAUUAGAACCGGCACAGCUUAGUAAGGUGAGGAAGCUGCUGGAGUCCACACAACUACUACUCUGCCCCGUCCAGUGUGUUGGCUACAGAGAUGAAGGCCACAAUAUGGUAUCUAAAGUAGAGUGACUGCUCUAGGUUUCACCCCCAAAGAUGGAGCUCUCCCUUCGUGGGAGUACACUGCGUUGUUAUUAAUUCCAUUAUGAGUGUGAUACCCCAAAUUAUUUGCCUCCUAUGAAAUGCUGCCUGCAGGACCUG